CCAACAUCUCCCCAUCCUUCGCCUCCUCUAUAUAUAUUAAAAGCUCACGAGUCAUGGCUAGCACUCAAACAGGAAGGUGGGGGAGGAAAUAAAAGAAAACAGGGAGAGCAACAGCGAGAACAAAGAGUGGGUUGUAUCAAUAUUUAGCAAAAUGGCUAUGGAAGUGGAGGAUGAUAUUUUCUUUGCAGACCUCAGCAGGCAAAUAUCUUUGCUUAUUAUGGAUGACGACGAUGAAGGAGGAGGAGGAUUAUUUCAAACUCAGAGCCCACCACCCCAUUUCCAGGGUUUCCAUCAUAUGCAACAACAACAAUCCAUGAUGCCACAAAGUUACAUGUAUCAUUAUCAAAUGUCCUGCAGAAGAGAGAGCAAGGGAACUGGAGUUUUCAUCCCUCGCUCUUCACCGUACCCCAGAAGCAAGAACAAAGUUACCGGCAAGUCCAAUUCUGCAAACAGUCUCUCUCAAAGGCAUCUCGAUGAUUCGGCAGUUACAGUUUCUCAUGCUACUGCCAACAAUGAGGAGCUACAUUCUCACUGUAAAAGCUCUGGCUCUAUCAAGAAUAACGGUUGAUUAGUAGAGAAUUACUCGUAUUUGCUACGCACAUGAGAAAAUAAAAGGACCUUGGUGAAGCGAAAAUAGGCUUUCAAAACGUACAGAUAUCUGGGAGGAAAGGAAGUGGAAUUAGGAUUAAUGCCAAAAGCUAUAUUUAUUAAUGCAUUUGGAUUAUUGUUUGUUAUCCACCACAGUAAUCGUUAAUGUAGGGUUAUGGGUGUGUGACUGUUUUAUCAUUAAACAUGCUCCCUCUUUUUUU